AAAAAACGACAUCGAACUAUGGAAACUACAUCAACUAAUGAAGACAAUACAACAACUGAAAAUAAUAAUAUAAAUAAUACAACAACUGAAAAUAAUAAUAUAAAUACUACAACAAAUGAAGAUAAUAAUAUAAAUAAUUCAUCAACUUUAUCAACUAAUAGUGAUGAUCCAAAUAAUACAAUUAAAGAUGAUGCUUAUUGGGAACGAAGAAGAAAAAAUAAUGAAGCUGCCAAACGUAGUCGAGAUGCACGACGAGCCAAAGAAGAUGAAAUUGCUAUACGAGCGGCUAUUCUCGAACAAGAAAAUAUUAAAUUGCGUCUUGAAGUAUCUCAAUUAAAACAAGAAACAGCUAAAUUACGAUGUAUGGUUUAUGCUACAUCAUAG